GCCGCGCGGCGGAGGCGACGAAAGUGUGAGCAAGCCAGCGGCGCAGGGACCCCGCGGGCGGCUGGGGCUUCCGCGGUGCCCGCCUCCUCUCCCUCCCCUCGGGCGCUCGGGGCAGCCGGCCGGCGCCGCCUCCCGGGAAGAUGGCGCUGCACUUCCAGAGCUUGGCUGAAUUGGAAGUGUUAUGUACUCAUCUCUACAUAGGGACUGAUCUUACACAAAGAAUAGAGGCUGAGAAAGCACUCCUGGAACUUAUUGACAGCCCAGAAUGUCUCAGCAAGUGUCAACUUUUAUUAGAACAAGGAACAACAUCCUAUGCUCAGCUCCUUGCAGCAACAUGUCUUUCAAAACUUGUUAGCCGAGUCAGUCCUUUGGCAAUUGAACAGAGGGUAGAUAUCAGAAACUACAUUCUUAAUUAUGUGGCAUCACAACCCAAGCUGCCACCCUUUGUUAUCCAAGCGCUAAUUCAAGUCAUUGCUAAAAUCACUAAACUGGGAUGGUUUGAGGUUCAGAAAGACCAGUUUGUCUUCAGAGAAAUUAUUGCUGAUGUGAAGAAGUUCCUUCAGGGUACUGUGGAGCACUGCAUAAUAGGAGUUAUAAUCCUUUCAGAGUUGACUCAGGAGAUGAACCUGGUUGAUUAUUCUAGACCUUCAGCAAAACACAGGAAAAUAGCUACCUCAUUUCGUGACACUUCUCUCAAAGACAUUUUAGUGCUAGCAUGCUCUCUUCUAAAAGAGGUGUUGGCCAAACCUUUAAAUCUUCAGGAUGAAGGUCAACAAAAUCUAGUAAUGCAGGUCUUGAAACUGGUCCUCAACUGCCUUAACUUUGACUUCAUUGGCAGUUCAGCAGAUGAAUCCGCAGAUGAUCUUUGCACAGUGCAGAUUCCAACAACCUGGAGAACAAUUUUCCUGGAACCAGAAACAUUGGAUCUUUUCUUCAAUUUGUAUCAUUUACUUCAACCACUAUUAUCUCAGUUAGCACUUUCAUGUUUAGUUCAGUUUGCUUCUACAAGAAGGUCCUUAUUUAGCAGUCCUGAACGUGCCAAGUACCUUGGUAAUUUAAUUAAGGGAGUAAAAAGGAUACUUGAAAACCCUCAGGGUUUGUCUGAUCCAGGUAAUUAUCAUGAAUUUUGCCGAUUUUUGGCUCGUUUAAAGACAAAUUAUCAGCUGGGAGAAUUAGUUAUGGUGAAGGAAUAUCCUGAAGUUAUCAGAUUGAUUGCUAACUUUACCAUUACUAGUCUACAGCAUUGGGAAUUUGCUCCCAACAGUGUUCAUUAUUUAUUAACUCUGUGGCAAAGGAUGGUAGCAUCAGUGCCUUUUGUGAAAUCAACUGAACCCCACUUAUUAGACACUUAUGCACCAGAAAUCACGAAGGCCUUUAUCACUUCUCGGUUGGAAUCUGUUGCCAUAGUUGUGAGAGAUAAUUUAGAUGAUCCACUGGAUGAUACUGCUACUGUGUUUCAGCAGCUGGAGCAGUUGUGCACUGUCAGCAGAUGUGAAUAUGAAAAGACAUGCACUCUUCUUGUACAGUUGUUUGACCAGAAUGCUCAGAAUUACCAAAAGCUUCUGCAUUCACCUUCUGGGAUAACUGUGGACAAGGCAAUUCAGGAAGGACGUCUUGCAUGGCUGGUAUACUUAGUUGGGACAGUUGUUGGAGGAAGGUUAACAUACACCAGUACAGAUGAACAUGAUGCUAUGGAUGGAGAAUUAUCCUGCCGAGUUUUUCAGCUUAUAUCUUUAAUGGAUACCGGAUUGCCUCAGUGUUCUAAUGAGAAAAUAGAGCUUGCAAUUCUGUGGUUCUUGGAUCAGUUUCGUAAAACGUAUGUUGGCGAUCAACUUCAAAGAACCUCGAAGGUAUAUGCCCGUAUGUCAGAAGUUUUAGGAAUAACAGAUGACAACCAUGUUCUAGAAACAUUCAUGACGAAAAUUGUUACAAAUCUUAAAUACUGGGGAAGAUGCGAGCCCGUGAUUUCAAGGACUCUUCAGUUCCUAAAUGACCUUUCUGUUGGCUAUAUCCUUUUAAAAAAACUUGUGAAGAUAGAUGCCGUGAAAUUCAUGCUAAAAAACCACACGAGUGAACACUUUCCCUUCCUUGGAAUCAGCGACAGUUACAGUCUCAGUGACUUCAGGUGCCGAACCACCUUCUACACCGCCCUCACUCGCCUUCUGAUGGUAGAUCUAGGCGAAGAUGAAGACGAAUUUGAGAAUUUCAUGCUGCCUCUUACAGUCUCUUUUGAAACAGUAUUACAAAUAUUCAACAACAACUUUAAACAAGAAGAUGUAAAGCGUAUGUUGAUCGGGCUGGCAAGAGAUCUUCGAGGGAUUGCCUUUGCACUGAACACAAAGACCAGCUACACCAUGCUGUUUGACUGGAUGUACCCCACAUAUCUUCCCAUUCUUCAGAGGACGAUUGAGCGGUGGUAUGGAGAGCCAGCAUGUACCACUCCCAUCUUAAAACUUAUGGCAGAACUGAUGCAAAAUAGAUCCCAGCGUUUGAAUUUUGAUGUAUCAUCUCCUAAUGGAAUUCUUCUCUUCAGAGAAGCUAGUAAAAUGAUUUGCACUUAUGAGUUUGAGACUCAAUAUCGGAAACUGAGCCAGUCCUACUAUCCACUCCUGGAAUGUCUUACCCAGGACCACAUGAGCUUCAUCACCAACUUAGAGCCUCCUGUACUCCUAUAUGUUCUCACAUCUAUCUCAGAGGGACUCACUACUCUUGAUACAGUUGUCUCCUCCAGCUGCUGUACCAGUUUAGACUACAUCGUCACCUACCUCUUCAAGCACAUAGCAAAAGAGGGCAAGAAGCCACUUCGAUGCAGAGAGGCUACCCAGGCCGGUCAGAGACUAUUACAUUUUAUGCAGCAAAAUCCAGAUGUCCUACAGCAGAUGAUGUCUGUCCUCAUGAACACUAUUGUCUUUGAAGACUGUCGGAACCAGUGGUCAGUAUCGAGGCCUCUCCUGGGGCUCAUUCUGCUCAACGAGAAGUAUUUCAGUGAACUGAGAGCAAGCCUGAUAAACAGCCAGCCUCUUCCCAAGCAGGAGGUCCUUGCCCAGUGCUUCAGGAACCUGAUGGAAGGAGUGGAGCAGAACCUGUCUGUCAAGAACAGAGACAGGUUCACCCAGAACCUGUCCGUCUUCAGAAGAGAUGUGGCAGAGGCCCUGCGGAGUGACGGCAGCACUGAGCCGUGCAGUCUGGACAUGGUGAGCUGACCGCCUCCCCGACCAUGUGCCAAGCAGCCUUUACCAAGAGACUCUUGUGCAUCUGGGUCCCAGGACAGCGAUGUCGGCUAGCCCAGGAGAAUCUAUUUUUCAAAACAAACAACAAAAUCCCUACCUUUUUAUAAGUCUGGCCUAAUUAUAAGAAUUUGUAAUAGUGCACAAACAAUGUAAAUUCAGUCUUUGCUCUGAAAAAGCAAAAGAUGUGUUUUCAGUCUUUCUAUAAAAUACCAUUAUCUUUGUUCUUAUAAUGCUCCGAAAGGAUGUAGAAACAAUAUUUAACCAAAGAACUUAAUAAACCAGGUUUGAACUUAA